GAAUAUCUGAAAUGGGAAGGACAAUGACAAAGAAUAUAAACGUUAUCGUUUGCCACGGGGGAAAGUGCAAAUAUAUCUAUGAGAAAAGAUUUGAAAUAAAAGAUAUAUAUAUAUAUAUAUAUAUAUAUAUGUAAGUAUACGAUCUCUAUUAAGAGAAGAGAUCUCUUGCGAGCUGACACUCACCAAUAGAUACGAAGAAGAGAAGAAAUUUUACGAGAUCUUUAAACACCAAGUCUCGAAGAUCGUCGACUAUCGACGCCGCACGUACGACACGACGAUACCGCGAGAUCUGACGACACUGAUCUCGUCUAUACGUAAAUAAACGGUGGUCGCCUCGGUCGGCGCUAAUGACGAUUUCUUCGGUCAUUAUCUCUUAGCUCAUACCCUAGAUAAUGUUAUCUAUAUAAGCGCUGACCGAUCCUUAGGUGGUCAAACGAUGCCAACGUUUUCGUUUGCUCGUUUCUAAAUAUACCUAAAUAUACCUAAAUAUUUUUACUCAUUAGAAAGGUGACCGAUUAUCAAUCGAUCAAUUAGUAAUCGUGAUCUCUAGAUCGAGAAAUCGAGUUCAUUACUUCAAAGAAAUGUUUCCAUUAAAUGAAUCCAUUAACAAACGGUAAUCUUUUCUUCUUUACAAAAAUAUUUUCUAUUUUAUUCGAUGUAACAACGUCGACAUCAAAGUGUCCCACAAAGAAAAGAUUAAAGAAAUUUUCGCAAGCUUUAAUAACCUCGAUAAUCGACCAUAAACCAUCGGAUAGCGGCAAUUUUAUCUAUUAGUCUAAUGGCGAGCGUGAACUCGUUUUAUCGUCAAAUUUGUCGAGUGUGCGAACAAAAAAUGUAGAGCUAAGCAUUAGAAAAAAAGAAAAAAAAUCAUCGGACUACUCGAAUGAAUGAAGCUCUAACGAUUUGACUUGGAACUAGCGUGUAUCAUCUUUCUCUCAAAUGAUGUGUAGGUACUCAAAAGGCUAUUUAAAAACGAUUUACCGCUGAAGAACGCACUCGACCAACCACUGGAAAAAUGUAUUAAAAGCCGUUUCAACGACGGGAUGGAAUGAGGUAAGCCGAGGGAGAGGGAGAGAGGGAGAGAAAAGAGUUAGUCGAUAUAAUCCGACGUCUCUCUCUCUCUCUCUCUCUCUCUUCUCUUUUUCGAAGAGUAUCCUCUCGAGAAUUCCGUAUACUGGUAAAAAAAAGAAAAGCAGUAGAUCUCGCAUAGCACUCGUCGUCGUCGUCGUCGUCGUCGUCGUUGCCAAAGAAGAAGGCAAAGAAAACGAAAGAGCCGUGUGGAUGAAAGAGUGGUGAGGGAAACUGAGUAAGCAGUUCCCCGUGGAUUUCCACGAGUAGAGGCAAAGUUUGAUCCCUCGGAGGGCGCACGCGAGGGCGUACGCGAGGGCGCACGCGAGGGCGCACGCGAGGGCGCACGCCCCGAUCCCAGCUACACAGCUGAGUGGGCUUUAAGCAGUCACGAACGAGUCCUCGUUCGUUGCAGCUGCACCGAUCGUAGCUCGUCUCUUUGUCUCUCUUUUCUCCCUUUACCCUAAUACAAGUUCUACAUAUCCUUGUCUGGCGUCCCUCCUUCUCUAUCUUUCCAUCUAACUUUCCUUUUUUCUUUCUCUUUCUCUUCCCUUCCCAACCAAUCUCACUCACCUACCCUUUCCUCCGCCGUUCGUCCCGCUUUCGAGCCGCUGUAUGCGAAUCUUGGUGCAAAUCCUUGCAAUUUCUCGCGUCGCGCGUCUCAACGUCGAAAAGGAAUGAUCCUCGGCAACGCUGUCCUUAAUUCGUCUCUUUUGAUCUCGAUAUGGAACGUCUUAUGUUAACGCAUACCUGUUGGGCUCCAUGAUCGGUGAUACAAAGUUUGAGGAAUGAGCUUAGAUCUGAAAAAUGGCAUGCGUCCAACGUAUGUAAGUGUUGUUAUUAUUGGUCCGCUCGGUGUCACCACCUUUCCAUCGAUCUACCUCUUUUUCACAACUUUAUAUCGAAUCGCAUUUUUGCAUCUUGACAAGUCCUCCUCGAGCUUCUAUCGAUCUACGCGCCCUCAUUUGCGCCUAACUUUUUGAAACUCUUUAAUCUUUGAAGCGUUAAGCUUUUAACGACGAGCAAGUGUCGAGGUGUUUGAAAGUGCUUCGAACAAUAUGCGCAACAGUUUAUAUCGACGGUGUAUUAUACAAUAUUUUCGACCAUUUUUUUCAUUUAUCACGUAACCGUUUCUUGAUACACUAUCGUCAGAAAAAGCAUUUAUCGUCGUUUCAUUUUAAUCGACCGAUAUCUUUACGAAGAUGUGUGUGUGUGUGUGUGUGUGUGUGUGUAUACUUGUAAUCCUCUCUUCUUCUUCGAUCGUAUGUAUAUCUUUAAGGCUUAUCCAUUAAAACGUCAACUUUGAAAGGAGAAAAUAUUUUAACGAAUCAAAAAUACUUCUCUUUCGCUAGUCUAUUUUUUCAUCAAUGUACGAUAAAAAGAAUUUUCCUUUGUUUACUCGCUUACAACCAUAAUUGUAUUACGGCGAGCUUAAAUAAAUUUCUUAGCGAUCUCUUAGAAGAUCAUUUUACGUCACCGAUUUGCAUAAUCAAUGAUAAAACUUGUAAGUAAAUCUGCGGUCAACCGUUACCGUCAGGAUGUAUUUUAAAAGUUAAUUAGAACCAGAAUGGGAACUCGAACGAGAACUGAAACGAGAAUUGGAACCUAAUAAUCCGCGCCCGGAUGCUUCCUUUCCGAUAUUGUAUUUGUCGAUUUUCACCGAAUCAAAAGGAAAGGAAAAAACUUUGCGACCGCGCGUGAAAUAGGUCGAACGUUUAGUAUGAGUUACGAUAGGAGGGAAAGGAAAUAUUUCGUACUUUCGAUGGGCAAUAUACGCUAAGCGGUGAAUUGGUGACAAGCGAGCUACGAAAUUGCCGUUCAUGCUAAUGAAAACUAUAAAUUUCCAGUCGUUCCUAUUACGUCCUAUGUUUCUAUCAUGUCCAAAGACGCAAAGCGUUUUCAUCCCGUAAACAUCGUGUUCCCUCGUUAUCCUACUUUAUUAACGUAAUAAUAUAUCAUCGAUAUACUUAUUUUUGAAUACCCUAAACAGUUAUCAGACAUGAUAGAAAUUGAAUGAAGAGAAAUGCACUUGACUUGGAGGUUAAAAGAGAAGGAAGGCUUAACAGAUAGAUAUUCACAGCCACGCUCUAACUGUCCUAUCGAUUUUUCCUAAAAUCCGUUGUUGACCUUAAUAGCUGCCUCUCGUUGGGACCCUCGAAUAUUUAGAAUCUCUCUCUCUCUCUCUCUCUCCCCCUCUCAACGCAUCAUCAACCAUGCAAAUAUUCCAAAGGCGAAUUAUCUCAAAAAAUAUAUCUCAAAGAUACGUUCGAUCAUAUACUAUAGAGAGUUUCAAUUAUUAUAUUGUGCGCGCAUACACCGCUAUUUGAUCCGUAUAUCUAUUAAUUGAGACGAUAUCGAAGCUAAUGUCGGACGAAUAGCAUUUAAAAGCGUGAUAUUAUUAUAGCUCACGACAAAACGUAGGUACAUUACUCCGUCUCUAUAAGAAUUUAAUCGUCGUUCCGAAAAGACUCGAAAUUGAGCUCUAAUUACGAGCGAUUAUAUUUGGAGCGUCAUUUUUUCGAGUGGCCAAAGCAAGCUUGCGUGUUCGAACGUCAUUGGGAAACUAAUCGUAAAAUAAUCAAGAAAGGUCGAGGGAGAUAGAAACAGAGAGAGAGAGAGAGAGAGACUUCUACGGGGGUGCGCUAUGUACUCAAUUUGUAGCGCCUACGGUGAGCUAAUUCAAGAAAAGAAAGAGAGGCUUGUGUGCAGUCACCCUCGAUUACAAACAUUUACUACGAGUCGAACAAACCUCGCAAUGGGCGUUACCAAAGACGACUCAACAUGAAACUAUAGAGACGACGGAAAACGCUGCUGGUGGUUCGCCAACAUGGAGGGUUGAAAUUGUAUCGACUGAUAAUUAUCGAGUGUCUAUAUAUACACGUUAUACGAUGUGGCAUGCACGAGAGAGAGAGAGAGAGAGAGAGAGAGAGAGAGAGAGAGAGCCAUGAUGCGGAUCGCAUACAAGAAAGAGAAAACUGACAGUUCCAGGGAGUAAAAAUAACGAAGGGAAUACAACAGCUUGCGUUUAUGUAUCGUUCUUCCAUCCUCGUUGAGGAUCGCCUAACGAUUGCCGAAAAUAAGUAAGAAAAUUGAAGGUUUCCGUGUCUUUUUCGAAUCUCGAAAGAAGAGAGAAAAGAACUCUUAACUACGACGUUGGCAGUGGUGGAAAAAUGUCGAGGAUAUUACUAGCAGGAUUCUACCUGCAACCCACGGAGCCGGGCCUGAAGUUCGGUACCACUUGAACGUCGUACCCGUCGGAGAAGAGAGCAAAUGAGCAGGACGCGGGAUGGGCAAGUCCUGGCUCUUGGCUCUAUUUUCUGCGAGGAUGACGACAAUGACGACGAUGACGACGAUGACGAUGAUGGCAUACGUUACGAUGGCGGGAGCUGGUACGACCUCGGCGCCGUCGUUCUUUACGACCGCUACAACGACCACCACCACCACCGCUACCACCACCACUACUACCACCACCACCACUAGCACCACCACUACCAGCACCACCACCAGCACCACCACCAGCAUGGACAGUAAAUUCGACGGCAAAAAACUAACGGAUAUAGAGGAAGCUCUGGACGUGAUCGAGGCAGCAUCCAGCGGAUCGUUGGGGGACGAGUGCGCGAGUACGGCAGGCUUCAAGUCGUUGCCAGCUGGCGCGUCUCUCGAUCCACGUCGUUACGACACGGCACGUCAGAAAACGGAUAUGACGGCCAUGAUGCUUCAAAACCUCGGCCCUUCCGGUGUUGCACGACACAACGGUUUUUUGGGCGUCUUGGCGAAAUCGUUGCUCCUUUCGGUGAACGACGCCGUGGAAGCAAGAGUGAUCGCAUUGAACGCAUCUACCGGGACGGUGAUAAACGCCGUGUGGCUCAAGAGAAGUCCCGGAAGCGUGGGUGAACCGAUCGAGGUCGAAGGCCAUGCUCUACAGGCAGGAUCCAGGCCGGAUCCGAGUCUACCCUGGUUCGAAAAUGCUGGUGCUAGCUCGGGAUUAAGGGUUCAUAUCGCAGAGGCCAAGAGCUAUGUCGUGUCGGACGAGAUCGUUUGGAGGAACGUUUGCGCUCGGAUGACCGUGAAGUGCCAAAAGAGGCAAAAGGCACGCCGAAGGUCACCGAAGUUCAUGCAGUCACCGCCGAUUGAAUCCUACAGGGGUUGGUGGACCAUCCCGUAUUUCUCCUGCAAGACUCGCCAAUGGCUCAUCUCGUACAGCGUCAACGUGCGCCCCCCGGAUUCUCGACACGGUGUGCGAGAAUUUUUGAGCAUGGAUAUUGAUAUCAGCGGCUUGGAGGUGAAUCAAUGCAAUGCAUCCCCCUAUGGCGAUAGCGCAUCGUCGAGUAAUCAAAUAGCAUCCUUUAGAGGCACCCACAAGUGUCAGGACGAUACGACGCAGUGCGAGUAUCAUAGUCCCAACGGCAAGGUCAACGAACACGGAGUUGGAGCUGGAUGGGCAAAGGGCGCUUACGUUUGCAAAUGUCGACAGGGUUUCUAUCUUGGUACGAAUCUUCAACGCGGGGCCGGCUUCGAUGGUAUUCUCGUUGAAGCCGCAUGGAAAGAGAUGCAAGAGAAUAUUAGCGAUUAUUACGUGAAAACAUUUCGAUGUUUACGCUGCGCCCCCGGAUGUGCCAGGUGUAAAGGACCGGAGCCAUGCUUGGCUCCUUACAAUUGGCCCUUUAGGAUCACGCUGCUGGGAUUCUCCAUAUUUUGCGUCUUCGGUACCGUCGUCCUCGUGGCCUAUGUUUAUCAACACCGUAAGCUCAAAGUAUUCAAAGUUGCCUCGCCUAUAUUCCUGUCCAUCACGCUACUUGGUUGCGCCAUAAUGUAUCUCGAGAUGGCGGCUAUAUUCCCGGUACUCGACAUGUACUCGUGCAUAGCCACGAAAUGGACCAGGCAUCUCGGCUUUUGCAUAUCUUACACCGCCCUGCUGAUGAAGACUUGGAGAGUAUCACUGACCUAUCGCGUUAAGAGCGCACACAAGGUCAAACUGACGGACAAGCAAUUGUUACAAUGGAUGGUACCGAUAUUAUUGGUCAUGUUGAUAUACCUUGGUACAUGGACGCUCAGUGCGCCACCGUACGCAGAAGUGAUAGCCGAUAAAAUCGGUCUGAAAUUUUAUCAAUGCUCUUACAAUUGGUGGGAUCAUAGCCUGGCCAUUGGAGAGAUCCUAUUUCUCGCCUGGGGCAUAAAAGUCUGUUACAACGUACGAAACGCCGAGAGUCUCUUCAACGAGGCACGACUGAUAAGCACCGCCAUUUAUAACAUAGCCGUCGUUAACAUCCUCAUGAUCUCCAUACACCUCUUCCUCUUGCCGCACGCUGGACCGGACGUGAAAUAUUUUCUGGGCUUCGUUCGUACUCAAUUUUCGACUUCCGUCACCAUUUAUCUCGUAUUCGGACCCAAGGUAAUACGGGUUCUUCGAGGUCAGGGCGAUCAAUGGGAUAGCCGGGCGCGAGCUCGAGGCGUCACGGCGAGUUUCUCGCUAAACGGAAUCGGCUUGGUGCCCGAAGAAACGACCGAUCUCUAUCAGGAGAACGAGGAACUGAAGGAAGAAAUACAAAAGUUGGCGGCUCAGAUCGAGUUUAUGAAAAUCGUUCACAUGGAGGUGCACAACAGGCAUAUCAAGCCUAAAGUAGGCGGAUAUUUCAGCGCCCAUGGCCACCAUACUCACGGUCAUCCUUCGGCGGUCCAAAGUCCGAUAGGCAAGAGCUCGACGGCCAGUUUUAUUUUAAAACAGAGCGCGGUGGAACGAGGAGCGUCAGCGGCCGCGGCCGCGGCUGUCGAAGAUUCGACCUUUCCUUCGGGGAGCUUGCAUCGAGCUAGAAGAAUGGAGAUGCAUCAAGCUAGAAGAAUGGAGAUGCUUCGAGAGAGAAAGGCCGAAAAAGACGGGGAGAAGGAGAAAGGGAAGGAGAAAGAAAAGAGAGAGAGGGCAAGGGAAAAGGAAAAGGAUACGUCUCAGCAGCAAGAAGCGGAACAGAGGGAGCUACCUCAUUCGAGCUGCGAAAAAGUCUGACUAGUGGUCAACAGCGAAGAGAUAUGGUUGUGACGAAGACAAUACAUCGAUUCGGCUGAAAAGUCAAAGAAGAGACGAAUACGUUCUCGUGCGUCCUCGCACGAGGAAGAAAGGGAAAGCACUCGAAAGUGCUUGUCUCUUGGUGAUGUCGACCAGGACGAGAGGUUCCCUUCGAACGGACGAUUCACACCUGGUCGUCUCGUCUCGUACGUCUCGUUCCUUUGAAACCUUGGCUAAUCGGCUCUUGAAAUCGGAUUUCAGAGAGAGAGAGAGAGAGAGAGAGAGAGAGAGAGAGAGAGAGAGAGAGAGAGAGAGAGAGGGGGGGAGAGGAAGAGUGAUCUACAAACGAUCGUAUCGAUGAAGAUGCGACGUCGACGAACUUUCCUUUUUUUUUUCGGAAAGACGCGAACGAACGAGCGAGGCAAAUUUUUCUAUUCGAUUAAAUCGUUGAAAGUUCAUAUCUAGAUAUGACCAUAUCACGCGUGCGAUCUUUUCUCAUUUAACAGAGCAGCCUUUUAAUCAUUCACCUUCUACGUUCGAAGGUAAUACUCGCGAGUAUGAUCGAAUGAAGAGAAAGGAUAAGAAGAGAAAGGGAAGGAGAGCGAAAGGUCACAUUCGAUUCGACCAUCGAAUCAAUCGAUACAUUGACAAUAUGUCUAGUAAAAGCGACGAAAGGGUCGUUCGCCGCUUUCUUUUUAUACUUUCACUUAAAGUCGAGUAACCCCGACGUAAUUAGGUAUAACGUAUAUUCCCCGAUUCGAAUACUUCUUCGUUUGAGGAACGUCCGAUUCGCGAUAAAAGCAAAUUUCUGUGACGAAAUUAUCGAAUAAUCGAUUGUGCAACGUCGAAGAGAGCAUGCAUCGUUAUUAUGUCAUCUCACAAGUACAAAUCAUUUUACGACAAUAAGUGCUUGCGUGCUCGAUUUCGAGGGGAAAGUCUGGCAAGUUUCUUCUUGCGUUUAUCACCGAUUGCAAAAUCAUGCGUUUAUCGUUUCUAUGAAAGAAAGAAAAAGCGGAGAGAAAAAGGAACAAGUAAGACAUCUCGUCUUCUCGUAAGCCGACAACUUAACCGUUGUCACUUAACCGUUGCAUUAUAUACCGUUGCAAAUAUUUGAGAAAAAUAAGAAAUAGAAAGCAAAAUGUAUCGCUGUUUCUAUCUGACGUAACAUAUGUUAAUCGUAUUUAUAUCGUCGUCGUUGAUUAUGCGAUUUAAUCGACACGUAACAAGAGACUCGCAAUUGUAUUUUUACGUAGGUAAAAGCGCACGAUAAGACCUACGUACUUACCCACUACGUAGAUGCGUAAUUACGCGCGUACAGACGAGGACGAUCGAUACGACGAUCUCACGAUCGAUUAAUCGUACGAAUCUAUGAAUGAAGUAGCAAAGCGAACGAACGUCGCUUUGGUUUCCACUAAUUGUUAAGAUUGAAGCGAUCGAUUAAAAUUAACGUUACGAGAGGGAGAAUAAGAAAAUGUUCGCGUAUCGAGAUCAAAUAUAAAUAAAGGACGAACACCGAGAAGCGUAAAGCGUCAAGUCAAUAUGAAAAUUUAUCUCUGAUAAGAAAGCGUCUGGUCGAUACAGUAGCCUUGGACGAUAAAGUCACGAGAUAAAGUCGCUGUAGGCACGAGUAAAUUAUAUGUAUGAGGAUUACGUAGGAUCGCCGCGAUUUUCUUUUCUCCGAAUAUAGUUUCUAAUUGAAGCAAGCGACUUUAUAUAAGUAAAUAAGUAAAUUAACAAUUAAGAGAAAGUAACGUGCCGUAGUAUACACGCAACGCGUAUGUCGCUAAAAAUAAUAAGAAAAGAGAUAUUGUGUACGUGCUGCUUAUUAAACGCGAUUAUAGCUUAGUCGUAGGACGAAGAUGAAAAACGAUAGAAGUGCGUUCAAAUACACGCGUUCGACUCCGGACAGAGAGAUAUAUGUUCCUCGAUUGACAACGGCAAUUCAGACGAAAAUGUGUACCGCUUGCGCUCGAUUAAGCGAUAUUACAAUUUUCAUUAUAUCGUUGCCAUUUUUAUUCCCACGUUAAUCGUUAGUUUGAAUCUCGACGUUAACGAUCUCCUUAAAUACGAUCAUUUUGUUUCGUCGACGCGUAUCCAAUCGAUACUCAUCGAGCGCUAUGUGUUUUCUUAUAUUUUGUAAAGAAAAAAGAAAAACAAAGAAAAAAAAGAAAAAAAGAAAAAGAACAAAAAGAAAGAGCACGAAGGAGGGAGAGAGCAGAUAUUUUCAAGAGCAGCAUAACAAGCAGACUUUGUUCGAUCCGGUGACAAAGUGGACGUUAAAAUAAAUGUGAUAUGUAAACUUGUCGUCCACUUUAAUUCAUUCUUCGAGAUCUUAUUACGGCAGAACGGCGUGAACGAUUAACAAGAUCCUUCUUUUAAAUAUUUUCCAUCGAAUAUCCCGAUGUCAUAUGUAAAAUAGAAAAAAGGAAAAUUAACGUCGUUCUCUCGUAUACGUGUGUGUGUGUGUAGUACUUGGGUAUGCGCGCGCGCACAGGCAUGCUCGACAAAUGAUUUUCACAAUAAUGGUCCUUUGUUCUCGCGACGCGUAAAAAACGCCCAAGGAGAGGACGAAGAAAGGAAGAAGGAAAGAUCGCUUUCGAUGUCGCCUAUCGUGAAUACCUCCGCGUUUCGACGAAAGCGUCGAUUAGUGUUCGUGGUCAACCGACCCGCCCCGUCCCCACCCCUUUUAAAUAUAAAACAAAAGAGAAAAAC